AUGUUGCCUCCAUUCGAUUAUUUCGCCUACAAGCGUCUACGAGACCAGAAACAAAGAGAGCGCGAACUCCGCUUCACAACCGGUCUCCCGCACUAUUACCAUCUCCGCAUCGCAGCCGCAGAUAAGAAGAUCAUCAACCAGCCCAUUGAAAAGCUCGUUCAUGAUGUGCAGGACUCGACUGUCUCUGCCCUGGACGUGUUGCGCACCUAUGGCAAGGUCGCCGUGAAGGCUCAGAAGGAGUCGAACUGUAUUACUGAGCUGUUGCUCCCUGAGGCUGAAUCUUGGCUGGAGACUGAUGUUAACCUUAAGGGUCCUCUUGCUGGAAUUCCCGUUUCUUUGAAAGAUUCUAUUCACGUUAAGGGCUUUGAUGCCACUGUUGGGUAUGCUGCUAUGGCUGGUAAGCCUAUCCUUGAGGAUGGGCCUAUGGUUAGGUUGUUGAAGGAUGCUGGUGCUGUGCCCUAUGCUAAGACUGCUCUGCCAAUUACUCUUCUCUCUUUUGAGUCGACUAACGGACUCUGGGGCCAAUGCCGGAACCCGCAUUCCCCAGGUUACUCGCCCGGUGGUUCAACCGGCGGAGAGGCAGCUCUGUUGGCCCACGGUGGCCGCAUCGGUAUUGGUUCUGAUGUUGCUGGCUCUGUGCGCGUUCCUGCUGCCUGGAGUGGUAUCUAUUCGUUACGCUGCAGUACCGGCCGCUGGCCUAAGGGUGGCGUGAGCACCAGUAUGCCCGGCCAGGAAGGCAUCCCCAGUGUCUUCAGUCCUAUGGCUCGUACCCUGGACGAUCUCACUUACUUCACUCGUUCCAUUAUUGGAAUGCAGCCUUGGAAGUAUGACUACACCGUUCACCCCAUCGCCUGGCGCAACGAGCUCGAGUCUGAAGCUCAGAGCAAGCCUCUCCGUAUUGGUCUGAUGAGCUCUGACGGCGUCGUUCCCCCAACUCCAGCCAUUGAACGCGCCAUCACCACCACUGUCGCAGCCCUCACUGAAGCGGGCCACACGGUGUCAGAGAUCACCACCCCACCAACCGCAGACCCCUUCACAGGCCUGAACCUCGCCUCGCAACUCCUCAAUUCAGACGGCUGCCAUCACUUCAACGCCCCUCUAAAGAGCUUCGAGCCCUCAGACCCAGGCGCCAGCCAACUCUCCCGCAUCGCCCACCUGCCCCGCCCCCUCCGCUACCUCUACUACCUCUACGUCCGCUACAUCCGUCGCGACGCAGUCUCCGCAGCUCUAAUCCGCAACUUCGGUCCCAAAUCCUCCGCCCAGCUCUGGACCUUAACCGCCCAACGUGAAGCAUUCCGCGCAACUUGGCAUAAAUGGUGGGACGCAGACGCCCAGCAAUACGACUUCAUCCUCUGCCCGGUUAACGCAACACCUGCCCUCCCACAUAACGCCAUGCACGACGCCGUCUCGUCGUGCGGUUACACUUUCCUCUGGAAUCUGCUCGAUUACUCCGCUGGUGUUCUCCCGGUUGGUCACGUAGACGCUACCCGCGAUGCCCUAGACACGCCCUAUAAGACCGCUCUUAAGCGCCUAGGCGCCGAUCACGGUAUUGCCCGCGGUGCGUGGAAACACUAUGAUUCUGUCAAGAUGGCUGGUCUCCCCACCGCUGUGCAGGUCGUUGGUCGCCGCUGGCAUGAGGAGUCGGUGUUGGGAUACAUGGCUGUAGUGAAGAAAGCGCUGGACGCGUACCGCGACCCGCAGACUGGACUGAGCUGCAGAUAUACCCUGCUCGAGGUGGAUUGA